GGUGACGCGGAGGAGGUAGACAAGAGCGCAGUCGGCAAUCUGCUCCUGUACGGAGACGCUCGUGAUACUUCCUCCUGCCGCCUCGUUCGUGUCUCCAAUGCACGGUGCAUUCUGAGCAGGAAGGAGCAAUUGGAUUUCGGAUAAAGAAGAAGAAAUUGAAACGUGGGAAUCAUCGCAAGCGUUCCUUGAAUAAGAUCGAGACAUUGCUCGGAAAGUGCUCGAUGGAAACAUCGUGAAGCAACGACAAAGUUAGGCGCGAGGGUGCGGCAAUGCGAUGAUUCGGAAAAGCUGAGACAGAUCGUCUAAUAGCCAUCCGUGGACUAUAACGGUCCACGAUGUUGGUGCCGCCAGAUAUGCUGACGUCUCAUAACCGGAUGCGUUAUCAGUUCAACAAGUACUUUACCGAACGGGUAAUGAACAGGAAGAGUCAGGUGGCAAAAACCAUUCAAGAGGUGUGCCGAGUGGUGCAGGACGUCCUCAAAGAGGUGGAGGUGCAGGAACCGAGAUUUAUCUCAUCUCUAACGGAUUACAAUGGCCGGUUCGACGGCCUCGACGUGAUCUCGCCGACGGAAUUCGAAAUCGUCAUCUACCUGAAUCAGAUGGGCGUGUUGAAUUUCGUGGACGACGGCACCCUGCCGGGUUGCGCGGUGUUGAAGUUGAGCGACGGACGCAAGAGGUCCAUGUCGCUCUGGGUGGAGUUCAUCACCGCGUCCGGCUACCUGUCGGCCCGGAAAAUACGCUCGAGAUUUCAGACUCUAGUGGCACAAGCGUGCGACAAGUGCACUUACCGGGACUCGGUGAAAAUGAUUGCCGACACCACCGAGGUGAAGCUACGGAUACGAGAGAGAUACGUGGUGCAGAUCACGCCGGCGUUCAAGUGCGCCGGCCUCUGGCCGAGGUCGGCCUCGCACUGGCCCAUCGCGCACAUACCUUGGCCGCAUCCGAAUAUCGUUGCUGAGGUCAAGGCGGAGGGCUUCGACAUGCUCUCGAAAGAAUGCAUAGGCCUACAAGGCAAGCAGUCCGCCAUGGAGGGCGACGCCUGGGCGUUGUCGUUUAUCGACGCAGAGAACCGACUGUUGCAAGGCGCGAGUAGGAAACGUUGCCUCAGCAUCCUGAAGACCCUAAGGGACCGGCACCUGGACCUGCCAGGAAACCCAGUCACGAGCUAUCACAUGAAGACUCUGCUGCUAUACGAGUGCGAGAAACACCCGCACGAGACGGAGUGGGAGGACGGCUGUUUGGCCGAACGAAUAAAUGGGAUUUUUUUGCAAUUGAUUUCCUGCCUGCAGUGUCGUAGAUGUCCGCAUUACUUCCUACCGAAUCUCGAUCUUUUCAAAGGGAAAUCACCCACCGGUCUGGAGAACGCCGCGAAGCAAGUGUGGAGACUCACCAGGGAACUGUUAACGAACAGUCGCGCCUUGGAGAAACUGUAGUGAUCGACUUCAUUGUGACUGCUCGUUAUACGAGUCGUCAACUGAUCUCGCAAUCUCAUCGCACGUUCCUACGAUGGCGCAUCGUCGCUGAUUUCCAUACGUAUGGACAUGUUUGAUAAUGUAAUGUCUGUGUAAUGCAAAGAUCGCGCGAGGAUCAACGUCUAACUAAAAGAUCAGUGACGUGAGGGGCGUGCCGAUGUGCGGGAAUAACUUCCUCUGGUUAUUGUUCUCGUACAAUGCGCUGCCGAAUCCUCGAGAAGCACGCGCUGCAUUUCCCGAUGUUGAGGAUCAUGUAAUGUCGACGUUCGGAAUAUAUUCAGUGUGUGGAAGCAAUUCUCGCGAAUGUAAUUGCGCGUGUACGUGGUGUAUGGUGAACAUGUGAUUGGUCGUAGACCAUCGAAUUAGUGCCAUAAUUAUUUGGACGUUAGAGACAAGUUCCGUUUUUACUGUUGGCGCGAAGCACUUAUUAAUAUAGAGGAUUAUAGUCGAGGAGAAUUGUCAUUUACGGCUUCGAUUCGCUGUAACGCCUAGUUACAAUGUUGAGCCGACGCGCGUAAGAUAACCUUUAACCUGUGGUAGGAGAACUUUGUCACCGAAAGGUCAGAAUUUCUACUUUACACGUUCGACCCUUUAAAUACUACAAUCGUUUACGAACGUUCGUAAUCAGUGAACGCUAAACGGUGCAGAUUACAAGGAACGAAAAUUUGCAGCCUCCCCUAAUCACCACGAAAGAUAAUGUUCUCGUCUCAGUACUUGUAACAAGUUUUUAAAACUAUGCCUAUACACAUACACGCGCGCGCAGACACUGCCAUACAACUCAGCGGCACUUGAAGGAUUAACGCGUUCGAUAAUCAUUGCGUUCUUCGCGCGAGAUCUUUUGCGCGCUGAGUAAUGCGUUCGUUCUGAUCAAAGUGAUCGUGACCAUGGUUAAGGGUUAAUCGUUUCUCUCUUAUUAAUUCCUCCGCGUCCUCGCGAACCCUUUUCCCCUCCCAAACCCACCCCAUCCCACUUAGCCGCCUAUGUAAAUAAAACUUGAAAGAUAUUUAUUGAAUUGUAACAAAAAAUGUGAAAUAUAGUACUAUUUAUAUGGAA